CCAUUAGACCUGGCUAUAAGAGCGGCUCACUGACCGUGCCCCCGUUCUGCUCCUGUUCACCUACUGACCUUCUCCAGCCGGACCCUCACCUGCACAGACACACUCCAUCCAGCCAGCAUGGCCUUCGUAGCCCCACCAGGCUACCAGCCCAUCUACAAUCCAGACAUCCCAUAUGUUGGACCUAUCGGUGGGGGUCUUAGGGCAGGAAUGUCCAUCUACAUUCAGGGAAAGAUCCAUCAUCACAUUAACAGGUUUCAUGUGAAUCUGCAGUGUGCUGAAUUUGACGGAUGUGACGUUGCUUUCCACCUGAACCCUCGUUUUGACCUUUGGGACAAGGUGAUCUUCAAUACCUUCCAGAAUGGCUCGUGGGAAGGGGAAGAGAAAGUCAAGCACAUGCCCUUCCGCAAGGGGGAGCAUUUCGAGCUGAUCAUCGUUGUGAACUCUGAGGGCUAUCAGAUAAACGUGAAUGGGAAAGACUUCUACCUGUUCCAGCACAGAAUGCCUCUGGAAAGGGUUUGUUUCCUGCAGAUCGGAGGAGACGUGGCCAUUGACACCAUCAACAUCCUCGGGGGUAUGCAGGGAGGAAUGGGAGGCAUGGGGGGAGGAUUUCCAGGUGGAAUGGGAGGCGGCAUGGGGGGAGGAUUUCCAGGAGGUGGAAUGGGAGGGGGAUAUUAUCCUGGCGGUGGCAUGGGGGGAGGAUACCCAGGAGGUGGAAUGGGGGGCAUUGGGGGAGGUUAUCCAGGACCUGGAAUGGGGGGAGGAGGCAUGGGCUUUCCAGGUGGAAAUCUGCCAGUAAUGGGAUUGCAGCCUAUAUUCAACCCAGGCAUUCCCUAUUCAGACAUGAUCCCUGGAGGCAUGACAGCCAAGAGGACCAUUAUAGUUAGAGGCAUGGUGCCAUACGGAGCUGACAGGUUCUGCAUCAACUUUGUGGUGGGUGGCUCACGAGACAUUGCCUUCCAUAUUAACCCUCGGAUAAGGGAGGGCAUUGUGAUCAGAAACAGCCUGAUCGGGGGCUGCUGGGGGGACGAAGAGAGAGACUGUGACUUUAACCCCUUCCUAGAGGGACAGUUCUUUGAGGUCUCCAUUCGCUGUGGUGAAGAGAAGUUUAAGGUGUAUGCUAAUGGGCAACACUUGUGUACUUUCUAUCACCGCUCACCCUACAGUCAGAUCAACAUGCUAGAAGUGCAGGGAGACGUCCAGGUGUCAUACAUCCAUUUCUGAGCCUGAUUCUCAGCUCUUAUUAUAUUCCUUCUUUCUGUUUAAGCUAUGAAUAAACAAACAUCAAGAACAUCUGAACAACUGUUCCUUCAUUGGUUAAAAAGAAAACAAUAAAUAGCGCCAUUUUAUUCUA